AAUCCCUUUUUCAAUGUCACUACUCCUUUAUGUGUAUGUACUCAACCCCUUUUAUUAUUUAUAACCUUCCCUAUGCUUCCUCAACGUAGUAGCUGAUUCUCUCCUUCUAAUUACUAAGACAAAAUAAAGAUGACAAGCGCACAACAACCCGCAGAAAAACAAAUGGAAAAUAGGGAAAAAAUGAUAAUUGAUGCGGCAGGAAUGAAGAAUUCACAAGCACAAUCGUCAGAUGUUGUGAUAUCAAAAAUAUACAAUGAAACCUUGGGAUUGGAAUUGGAGAUUCUGAAGCACAAUGUUUGGUUUGGUUCCAUAAUUGGCACUUUCCCUAAAACCAUCGGAAAAGGUGGUAUUGGUAGUAUUGCCAGCCGAGGAGAUCCACCAGGAAAUAAAACCGGGUCUAAGGUAGCCGUCAUUUAUACUGGCAGUAAUAUCGUCGAUGGACCUAAUAAUUGUGCGUGGCUCUUGGCUUGGCAUGCACCUGCUGAUGGCACCACUCCGACUAAGGUAUAUGUAGAAAGCGGGGAUAUAAACAAAUACUCGGAUAAAAUUAACUGGGAUGAAAUUGAAGCCAAUCUAGAAGUUUCUUCCAACGGAAGCAGCUAUGCAGACAAUGAUACUAGAACUGAGGCGUCUGCCCAAAUUGAGAAAACUGAUAUUACCCGAGCUACUGCUGUAUUUGAUGUUAUUCCAAUUACAAAUUAAAAAAAUUAAAAUGCAAAUCAAGUUCUUAUAUCAAAUAAUAAGUUUGCAAUAUGUGUACGUUUGAAUUGGACGAUUGUAUUUCUUAUGAUUAAUAUUUGUGUUACUAUGAUACUAGACGUAGCAUGGAACAAUAUAGAUAUAACAAUAAUUGUGGUUGCUUAUGAGAGAA